AUGAGUGAAAAAAGAAAAUCGAGUUCUUCAAUACUAUCUUACUUCAAAAAAAGUAAUAAUUCAAUAAACGAUCAAAAUGAUAUUGACGAAACAUUAUUACCAUCAACAUCCACAGUUUUUACGCCUUUAACUGAUAGUUUAGAACCAUCAAGUUCUAAAAAUUUGACUCAUCCUGCUUCUAAUAAUGAUACUGAAAUAAUAAUUAAAACAUAUGAUAUUGGCUUAUAUAUACAGCAAAUUAUAGAUGAUCACACUCGAUAUAAUUUAUUAAAAAACCAUUGGGUUGCACCAAAGAGUUAUGUGUAUCCAUUUUCUUUACAAAAUUUGAAAGGAAAAGAAAUACGUCGACAUUUACAACAAAAACAUUUGGAUAUGUAUCCAUGGGUUGUAUAUUCAGAAACUCGCCAGAACAUACCUUUUCGAGGUCAUCGGGAUGACGGACCUUUGUUGAAAAAUAAUGAAUUAUCUCCAAAACUGAACGAAGGAAAUUUUCGAGAAAUAUUAAAAUUUCGAAUUGAAUCUGGUGAUAUGGAAUUAGAAAACCAUUUAAAAAAUACAAGUUCCAAAGCUACUUAUAUAAUUAAGCGGUCUCCAUUUUAUAGUAUUAUGUUCGACGAAACAACCGAUGUGUCACAUACAUCUCAAUUAUGUUUAGUCAUACGGUAUAAUAAUGAGGAUUACACUGUUCAAGAAGAUUUCCUUGGUUUUAUAGAUCCACACAGUUAUAAUUUCGAAAAUUCUGAAAUAGAACCAAAAUUAAAUGGUAAAAUAUUAGGAGAAACCGUUUUAAAAUUAAUGAACAACUUCAAUUUGGAUUUGAAUAACUGCGUUGGUAUUGCUACUGACGGUUGUAGUGUUAUGGCUUCAAAAGUGUGUGGUGCAGUAAAAACUAUUCUGGAAAAGAUACCCAGUGCUGUCAAAUGUCCAUGUUUUAACCACGGCUUAAAUCUUGCAAUUUCUAAAGGUUAUCAAAUUCAGUCCAUCCGGAAUAGCUUUGGACAAAUUAAGGAAAUUAUUUCAUUUUUUCAUGGAAGUUCGAAACGAAAUUUUGUACUACAAUCUGUUCUACAUUCCUCACUACAGUCACUUUGUGAAACUAGGUGGGUUGAGAGGCAUACAGCAGUGACGCAAUUUUUGACUGGAAUUUCGGAAAUUAUGGAUUCUCUUCAUAAAAUAAGCAAUUGGAAUGAUCGAGAAUCAUCUAGUAAAGCCAAGGUUUUAUUGAAUUCAAUUGACUGUGAAUUCGUCAUCACUCUUUAUGUUGCUUCACAUAUAUUUUCAAUUACACAACCAUUAAGCGUAAUUUUGCAAAAAAAAAAUUUUGAUAAACAAUCUGCAGUUAACUACAUAAAUAAAACUAUUGAAAUUUUAAAUAAACUUAGAUUAGACGUCAAAACAGAGUUUAAAAAUUUGUACUUCAAAGCCGUGGAACAAAUGGAUAAAUUAGAGAUUACUGUAAAAAAGCCAAGAACAAUAUCAAUACAGCACCACAGACAGAAUCCAGAGAUAAAAAAUGUAGAAGACUAUUUCCGUGUAACAUUUCUAAAUAUACAUGGAUUAAAUGGCAGAUUUGCAAAUAAAGAAGCUUUUAUUGGAAAGUUGCAAGGGGAAAUGAUUUGGUGGGAAGGAUAUUGGAAUAGAGAAAAAAAUGAUAUUCCUGAUACAGCUCUAAAAUCAUUAGAACAUUGUGACAAAGAUAUGUUUCCAACAAUACAUAUACUUUUAAAGAUUUUAGCUAGUUUUCCAAUUAGUAUAGCUUCGGCAGAGAGGAGUUUUUCCGCCCUUAAAAGGAUAAAAACUUGGCUGCGGUGCAAUAUGUUAGAAGAAAGACUGACAGGAUUGGCGAUUAUUCAUUGUCACCGAGAUGAACAUGUUGACAUAGAUGAAUACGGAGGUUUACGAAACACGUACUGUCCGUACUGA